CUGAAAUAAAACUUGUAUUUUGAGCGUUGAUGAGGAGAUCUGGUAUGGUUAGUGGGACUCGGUCCGUCGUUGAAUAUCGGUGUAAAUUUUUUGAUUUUGGGCCGCGAAAUUUCGAAAGGCUCCUCAAAAAUGGCCGAAAUGACAUUUUUGAUUUUUCGAAACUACGACGCGAGUGUAUCUAUCAGCGCGAUUCAAGUGUUUAGACGACAUUCAACCAAAAUGAAGGCAGUGGGACUGGCACUCCCACAAAUAGUCCGGGCGCUUGAACGAGUUAAAGUUUCAAUAACACCAAUAUAUGGCUUAUUAGCUUAACUGAAUAAAUUAAGGAUUUUGUUCUUGUUAAUACCAGAUGUUAACUAAGAGUUCUUCACAGAAAUAGGAGCAGGGGUGCCAGGAACUACUUAUUCCAUGGUGCUCCAAUGAAAAAUUAUUGAGAAGUAACAACGACAUAACGCAUCAACAUAUUGUUAUUCCAGUCGUCGUUUUCGGCGAUUUCUACACUGUAUCCUCACCGGUUUUUAAUUUAGCGGUUCAAAAUUGCUGCCAUGGGUCGCAAAAAAAUACAAAUAUCAAGGAUCACCGAUGAACGGAAUCGGCAGGUGACAUUCAACAAACGAAAAUUCGGUGUAAUGAAGAAAGCCUACGAAUUAUCAGUGUUGUGCGAUUGCGAGAUAGCCCUGAUAAUAUUUAGCAGUAGCAACAAACUCUACCAGUACGCCAGCACGGACAUGGACAAAGUUCUACUUAAAUACACCGAAUACAACGAGCCACACGAGUCCCUGACCAAUAAAAAUAUUAUCGAGGCACUUAAUAAGAAGGAGCAUAAGAACGGAGUGAUGAGCCCUGACAGCCCCGAACCUGAGACUGAAUACCAAUUGACACCUCGUACUGAAGCCAAGUACAGUAAGAUAGACGAAGAUUUUCAGAUGAUGCUACAAAGGAAUCAAAUAAACGGACAAAGGAGUAGUAUGAGUUCGUCGAAUUACUCCCAACCCGUUUCGGUACCUGUCAAUAUAAGCUACAGUGAUUCUGGUCUUCUCCAAUCUAGUCCCCAAAUGGCUCAUACAAAUAUAAGCCCUCGACCGUCUUCAUCUGAAACAGACUCCGUUUAUCCCAGCGGCGGUAUGUUAGAAAUGAGUAAUGGCUAUCCCAAUUCAGCCUCACCCAUGGGAAACUCACCGUCACCUGGGCCGUCUCCUGGUCCGGGCCUCAGCACAACCAAGCAACACCCCAAGCAACACUCACCCGGACCAAGAAAUUUAAGAGUAGUUAUACCAGCAGGUUUAGGACCUAGUAUUACAACUGAUGAAGUUUCUUAUUCAGAAAUUUUGUUGCAGCACAAUCGAACUUUAUCAAGUCUUAACACACCCGUUGUGGCAUUGCAGACUCCCGGUUUGUCCAACUACCAGAGCGCAUUGAGUUCCUUUGGAGCGCAGGACUUCAGCAUGGGAUCAGACAUGGGUCUGGCGUCAAUGUCCUGGAGCCAUCAAAUACCUACGUCCCUUACACAUAACACUUCGUGCCUACCCCACCUUGCAGUUUCUAGCAGUACUCCGCCUCCUACGUCGUCAUCACCGCUUCCUGUUAAAAUUAAAAGCGAACCAAUAUCACCUCCCAGAGAACACCAUCCUCAUUUGAGUACAGCCGUCCACCAUUCACAUGUUCAAACUUUGAAUCUAACCCACAGUCACCAUCCUCGGCCUAGUUCUGCUGGCCAGAUAACACCGACGCCAGGCAGUGUGACUCCUACGAACCUCCCUUCGCCUACAGGACCUGCCAGUAGCGGUACAGAAUACAGCGAUACCGUACCGAUGCAUAAGCGGCCCAGACUUACAGAUUGGCCUUCCUAGAGCCGCCGCUAAUGUUACUGCUUGUUCUCAACUACGUAGGACACUAAGUGCCAUAGUGAUAUACACGUGUGUGGAUGAUUAGAACAUAGUGUUACUGUUUCAAUUGCCAAUUAUCAUCCAUGUGAUAAACUACGAGUCUUGUAGAGCAAUUAUUUCUACUUUUCGAACUGAUAAACCAGUUUUAACUUUGUAAGUGAGAAGAUAAUUUUUUUGUAAAAAAGAAAAAUAAGGUUUUUACUAAGAUGAAAAAUGUAUGUGUGAGGUGGUGUAAAGCUUCAGUAAAGUACUCUACUCUCGAUUCUGAAUUCAAAAUAACAUGUGUACCUCUUCUAACGCAGAUACGAGUAGCCAUUUUUUUUUAAUUAUAAACUACUUAUACUUUCAUAAAAGGAUCAUCAUAACUAUCAACUUUUUUUUAAAGUUAUUUAAAUAAAUCAUGUCUUUAACAAAAAAAAAAACGAGAUUAAUGAGGACUCUUAAGAAAAAUAGUCUAUUUUUCAAAUAAUUUACUUUAAUAAAGUAUUAAAAGUGCACCCAUUAUUGGCAUUAUGACCAAAAGUACCUUCAAUUGCGAUCGUCAAUUUGUCGAAAAUCAAUUUGCGAUAUUUUUAAAAUUUGGAACGUAAUACCAAAUAUAAAAAAAAUUAUAGGGUCAAAUAAACAUAAAAAGUUGAUUUGAACUAAAAAGAAAUAUGCAUUUUGCUUCCACUCUUCGUCAUACAGUGAUAUAGUAUUAAAGAUCUGAUGAAAACUAGUGAUUUAAAGAGUUCAUUGGAAAAAAGCACUAUCAAGUUAUUCAUAUCAGCAGGAAAACCAAUAGAUCAGUACUAUUCCUGUAUUUGCAUCAACAAUUAUAAAAAAGAAUGAAAUCACAACACAUUUAUAGUUCUAAUGCAACUUAAAGAGAUUUUUGACAUAUUUUUAUUGUCAAAACUAUUAUUUAAGGAAUAUACAUUGCCUAUCCCAAUUACUAAGAAAUUAUUUAAUUUGAGCUGAUCUUUUCACUUCUGAGUGAAGUUACAUGUAGGGUUUCGAACUAUAGCCUAAUUUGGCCCUUAAAUAAAUAAAAUUAUAAUCUAAGAAAAUAAAACUGCUGUAUAAUACAUUUUUAGUAAUACACUUAUUGGGGUUGUAAACACGUUUACCAGAGAAAUGAUAUAUAGUAUAUUUAAAAUAUUGCUACUUUAGACUAUAAAGUGCAAUUGUAAUGGCUCAUCAGCUUUUUAUUACAACUACAAUUAUUGCAUUGAACACAAAUGCGAAUAAUGUAAAUACGUGUGCUUGCUCUCUUUAAAACUUUCUAGCACUCAGGAUUCUCCUGUAAAUAUCUAUAUAUGUCUUGGUGAUCAAUCACACCAAAUAUUCAUGUUUACAAGUGUAAUUAAAAUAAGGAAAUUGUAUUAUCCGACAAUACGAUUUGGCUCACCGAUUGUGCAUUACUUAAUAGAGCUACCAGUUUUUAGCUUGACGAUAACUUGUAUCGAUCGACUCACAAUUAAUUGACAAAAAGUUUUACCAACCCUGUGAUAUGUGGUCUUCGGCAUUUAACGUAGUUUAUAUGAAGCAUCGUCCAUCCUAAUCUCGUUUUUUUUUAGCUUAAAUUGCUUAAUUAGUGAUCGGUUUUGAUUUGGAACCAUCUAGCAAAUAAUGGCAGUGAAUGAGUAUGCAAUUCAACAAAACUUAAAGGCUGUAGUGCCACCAGAGUGACAAAAAAAGAAAAAUUGUGAAAUAUGGUUAUUUAAAAUACAUAUCUGAAUAUAUAUUAAAUUGAUUAACCAAAGAACUGCCAGGCUCUUGAAAAAGAUCUUCCACUCACCAAUCGCAGUAUCUGUUUACUAUUAAAAUUAAAGUUUGUUAGCUGUGAGGUUCCUUCAUCAAUUUUUUAAAUGAAUUGAUUCAUAAAAAUUUUAAACCAUAUCACCCACCCUAUUAAGAAUUCUUUCGAAAUACUGACAAACGAGGGUUGUGCAUAUUUUCAAUGGCCAAAAAGUUUCUUAAUAAUUGUUGAAUGCAAGUUUAUAAAUCGUUUUAAACAGAAAUUUGUUGUAAUACAAUGAAAGAAUUCUUAUAAAUGUUAAUUCUAAUGAUAUUUUAUUGAAAGUUUUCGAUUGUUAGUACUUUAUAAGUGUGUAUAUCAAUGGGACUGUAUCAGUUUGUCCUAAGCCUAUUUAAUAUGAAAUGCAUUGUUAGUAAAAUAUAUAAAUAUAUAUAAAAUAAUAAUUUAUUAAUAAAGAAAGAAGAUAAUAUUGGUUAGAGAUCUUAAAACUUAAUUAUGAAUUUUUGGAAAUGUAAAAAUAUAAACCCUAAUUCCCCCUAUAAAUUUAAGGAAUUCAUCUCCAAUUCGCCGAAGUGAAAAUAAACCAAAGAAAAAUUAAAAAAACUGAGAAAGAAAAAUUAAUGCCCCAACCAGGGAUCGAGCCUGGAUCUAAUUCCGACCCUUGCCAGGACAAUCAUUUUUUAUUUAUUUUUCUUUGAUUUGUUUUCACUUUUGUAUAUACGAAUAAAUACCUUAAUAUCCUAGGGAAAAUUGUUGUUUACAUUUUCACAUUUCCAAAAAUGCAUGUUUUAAUUUUCUCUCCUUUUUGUCUACAUUUACAAUAUUUUAAAUCCGAAAGUUAUUUGGAAUUUUUGGCUUUAAAUAGAACAUUUGUAGGCAUUGAAAGUUGCCUACAUUUUUACAAAUAAGUAGGUUUUACUUAUUCAGCAAAAUUUGUGACUAUUAAAAACAAAGCUUUUGACAAACUGACAAAUUCUCAUAGGAAUACAUGCAGAUUGGAAUCUGUAUAUUAUAUAAAUAUAUUUUCACCAUUUAUAUACGUAUGUGUUACAUGUUGAAACCAACAUUUUGUUCUCAUCAGAAAAAACAACAUAUAUCUAUAUAUAGUGCCAUUAUUUUCAUGUUAUUAUUAGUGUCUUUUUUUAUAAAUGUUUUUAGAAUAAUAGCAUAUUUAAAAUGUACACUUGUUAUAUUAGUGAGGAUGCAGCCACUAACAACAUACAGAGCAGAUUUAUAUUUAUUUUUUAAUUACAGAACAAAAUGAGAUAUUCGCGGCUCAAAUGAUACAAAAUUUGUUUUUUUUUUUUUCAUAGUUUACGUAAAACAUUAAAAGCUUAAUCGUUAAUGUGUACUGUCUUCAAAAGGUUGGGACACAGCUUAAUUAUAUAUAAAAAUAAGAUGAUUUAACUCAACUUACAUAAAAAAAUAAGAUCUUAAAAGACCUUAACACUAAUAUUCCAUGAUUUUGACAUGUAACUAUCGAAUAAUACUGAUUUGACGUUUAAAGAAAGGUAUUUCAGCUAAGUAAAUAAGUCCUAUGAUUUUAUACAUCAAGAAUCCACUGCAAAUUUUGGCUGUUAUCUGAUAGUGAAAUGAAAUAUAUGCUGAAGACAUUCUAACAGUAAAUUUUACUGUUAUAUCAAUUUCAGGAAAUUUUGUUAUUUUAUAACCUUCUAAUUUGAAUUAGUUGUUCCCAACUCUAUUCUUUAAAAUAAAGUAGUUGUACUUA